AGUUUGCAACUCUUCCUUAAGCUUUUCCCUAAAAUCAUGAAGAACAAUAUGCUGUAUUUCUUCUGUCUGAUACUGUUGUUGAGCCUGUCUCUGAACUCAGCUUGGACUGUCGAGGAUAUAAUACAUCGCAUGAGCGUUUGCACUGCACCCCCAAGAUAUGGCACUUGUAAUUCAAAACUUCGCCAAUGGCAUUAUGUCUCUAAACUAAGACGCUGUGAACGAUUUAUUUACUCUGGCUGCGGUGGCAAUAAUAAUCGUUUCUAUAACAAAAACGAGUGUGAGGAAUACUGCCAAAUUUAAAACUAAUUGUCAAACCUUCAGCAGUGGCUAAAAUACCAAUUAUAUGAAAUGGUUUUAAUAGUAAAUUAAAGUAUUUUGUAUGAA